AAACAGCUGCUACCACGUCAAAACUUCCAUGCUGGAAGUCGGUAGUAAUAUAACAUUGCAGAUGCGAUAGAGGCAGUCAUUCCGAUUAUCGAUAGUCCGCUAGAAAGCCAUACAGUUUGCUCUGCACUUUUAACACUUUGUUUUCAGCAUGAGGGUGACUGUGAUUCUGCUCCUGGUGGUGGCACUUGCAGUUUCUGUUCAAGCAGGAUGGUUCUUCGGUAGCAGUGCGAACGAGGAAUCACGUGACAUUGAGAAGAGGGAAGCCAGUGGUGAGAUGGAAACCAGUGGAGAUGGUGAAGUCGGAAACGGGGACUCUGACGAAGGUAGCGGGGAUGAAGAUCUUGAAGACUACGAGGGUGAUGGUGAUGAUGAUGAUGAUGAUGAUGAUGAUGCUGGUGAUGAUGAUGAUUAUGAUGAUGAUGAUGAUUAUUAGGAGGAGGAGGAGGAAGAAGACUAAUAAGAUGAAUAGGGAAACGAGACCAAAUACGAUUCAACUCAUUGAAUAAAGCGAAGACAAAGGACGAUACAGAAAGAAAUGCAGAAAAACGACAACCAUCUGGAAUAAAAAAAAAAAAAAAAAAAAUGCGAAUUACAUCAAUCUGUUGAGGUUUAAAAUCUGCGUAUUUGGUUUAGGAGAGAUUGAAUUUAUACUCCAUUUGGCAUAAAUAUUCGGAUAUAGUUCUAUAUGUACAAAUGUGCGUAUGAGUGUUCAUAGGGACAUACAUACAUACAUGCUUAUAUGUAAAAGUAUCAGUAAAUGUGUUUCCACUUUUCGUGUGUAUCUUCUGGUAAGUGAUAUAACCUAUAAUUGAGACAUUCUAAUUCAGAUUCAACAAACCUGUCAAUUUUAUUUUGAGGUUUUGAGUAUUGUUAAAGAUCAAUCAAUAAACAUAUCAGUAAAUUAGAAA